AUGGAUUACCUUAUGGAUUUUGACAUUAAUGCAUAUAGUAGUGACGAAGAACAAUUUCCCAGACGGCCAAAAAUAAUACGGAAUCGACCAAAUCAUCGUGAAGAAUGGGAUGAAACUGACUUCAUUGCAAGAUUCCGAUUAUCGAAAAGAACGACGGAAAAUUUGAUAGAGGAAAUAGAGGAAUUAAUUACACAUCCUACUGAAAGAAAUGACUGUUUAUCAGCCGAAAACCAGGUACUUCUGACCCUAAGGUUUUUAGCAACCGGCUCAUUUUUAAGUGUAGCUGGUGACUUUUGUGGUGUACACAAGUCGACAGCGAGUAGGACCGUAAAAAGAGUAACCGUGGCAUUAGCAAAUUUAAGGCAUCGGUACAUAAAAAUGCCACAAACCUACCAAGAAAUUUUAACUUGUCGGCAACAGUUCUUCAAUAUUGCAAGAUUUCCACGAUGUAUAGGAGCUAUUGACUGCAGCUAUGUAAAAAUACAGUCGCCUGGUGGAGAUAAUGCAGAGAUUUUUAGAAAUCGGAAACAGUUUUUUUCGUUGAACGUUCAGACGGUGUCAGACACUAAUUUAAAAAUUUUGGACAUUGUGUCACGUUGGCCAGGAUCUGCACAUGAUGCACAUAUAUUCCGGAACUCUGCACUAUGUGCAAGAUUUGAAAUGGGCCAAUUUAGAGAUAGUGUAUUGAAAAUUUAUACAACGAGUCACUCAUUAGAACCAGGAAUGUCGUCGAAAGAAGUUACGGGGUGUGGAAAAGGAGAUUUCCGUGUCUGCCAAUGGGGUUGCGAUUAA